UCAGGAGGGGAAACAUUCAGUUUAGAUAUGAGCCUAUGUUUGUGGGUUUUAUCUCAUUUAACUGUAGAUAUUUGCAGUCUAGACAUCCACCCCUCAGCCACUUGUCUAAGGCUCCCUGGAUGAAGCCAUGAAGGGUGUCCAGCACACGUCCAGAGUGCAGCAUCAUGCAGGAGAUUGAAGAGGAGCGCAGCCAGUGCUUGGCAGAGCUUAUUGGGGAUAACCAGACUUCAGGUUGCAGAAGGCAAUGGGACAAUAUCACAUGCUGGCCUGAAGCAGAAGUGGGAGAAGUUGUAGUACGGCCAUGCCCAAAGUACUUCAGAUUCCUCACAACUUUUCUUGGAAACGUGACCAGGAAUUGUACAAGCCAGGGCUGGACAGAUGUGUACCCUGCGCCGUAUGCUGUAGCUUGUGGAUAUGAUUCCAACAGCACUCCAGGGGAAGAGCAAACGGCAUUCUAUGGCACUGUCAAGACUGGCUACACCAUUGGACAUACCUUAUCGCUCAUUGCUCUCACAGCUGCUAUGAUCAUUUUAUGUCUCUUCAGAAAGCUACACUGUACUCGAAAUUAUAUUCAUAUGCACCUCUUCAUGUCCUUUAUAAUGAGAGCCAUCGCAGUCUUCAUAAAAGAUGUCAUCCUAUUUGAAAGUGGAGAAUCUGAACACUGCUUUGUGAGUUCAGUAGGCUGCAAAGCCAUGAUGGUUUUCUUCCAGUACUGCAUCAUGGCCAACUUCUUCUGGCUACUGGUGGAGGGGCUGUAUCUUCACACCCUGUUGGUCAUCUCCUUCUUUUCAGAGAGGAAGUACUUUUGGUGGUACAUCUUGAUUGGCUGGGGUGCCCCCUCUGUGUUCAUCACUGCUUGGACAAUUGUCAGGAUUUACUUUUUCGAUGUUGGGUGCUGGGAGGAAAUAGUGGAAUCCCCAUUCUGGUGGAUCAUUAAAACUCCUAUUUUGGUGUCUAUUUUGGUGAACUUCAUUCUCUUCAUUUGCAUAAUCCGUAUCCUAGUCCAAAAGCUGCAUUCCCCAGAUGUUGGACACAAUGAGACCAGCCAAUACUCGAGGCUGGCCAAGUCCACACUGCUGCUGAUCCCUCUCUUUGGCAUUCACUACAUCAUGUUUGCUUUCUUCCCUGACAAUUUCAAAGCAGAAGUUAAGCUGGUGUUUGAGCUCGUGGUUGGAUCGUUCCAGGGAUUUGUGGUGGCUGUUCUGUACUGUUUUCUCAACGGGGAGGUCCAAGCUGAGCUCAAGCGGAAGUGGCGGAGGUGGCAUCUGGAGCGGUUCCUGGGUUCAGACAUGAAAUAUCACCACCCUUCCCUAGGCAGCAAUGGUACCAACUUCAGCACCCAGAUCUCCAUGCUGACCAAGUGCUCACCAAAGACACGUCGGUGCUCUGGCUUCCAGGCUGAAUUCUCUCUGGUGUGAUGGGGAGAGCCUCUCCAAGAACUGAGCAUCCAAGUGACAAACUCAAAGACAGAAGAAUCCCCCAGGAAUCAGUGAUCCAAUGACAAAUCCUUGUGAAUUGACAUGCUCCGCAUGAGCCAACAGAGGACACAAAACUGGAAGAGCCACUGGCAUCCAGAACAAGUUCAGACAAGCCAGGAGGGAGAGAAAUACUUUUCCUCUCCCUCUUUUCAGACCUUUCACUCUAAGUUUCAAGCCCUCAGGGGUUGAUAACUACAAGUAAAGGUCCCAGUCACUUGAGGAGAGCCUGGGAGAUCUUGAAGUAUCAUAAACAAUGAAGUACAGGUGGUAAGGGAGAGGAGAGACUGAGUCCUCGGUGGCUUUACCAGAACUGGCAUCUCUGAAACAGAUAAAAUUGCACUUUUAAAAAAAUGAGCCAGUACAGGAGAGAAGGAGACAAGAAGAGGCAAGAGGUGGGGGGGGUGGGAGUGUUGGGAAGCCAAACAUACGAAUGUGCCAAAAGUUCUAUUGAUAAGAAGUGGCGAUAAGGUACUGGAGACAGAGUCAGGGACAUGAGAAGAGAUGGGAGGAACUUGAGCAGGAAAGGGAGAGACCAGUGCACAGCGCUUGCCUCUG